AUGGAGCUACUUUUCUCCAAAAAGCUAACUCCAACUGAUGUUGGUUUUAGACUGUCAUGGCCACGUAAACACUUGGAUCUCUUACGCCGUUUGUCAUCAAUCAAUCUUAAUCAACCACCCAAUGAUGAUGAGAGCAGCGGAUUGGAAUUUCAAGUGUAUGACAUGGAAGGGCGCAGUUGGACUCUAACUUGCACCACUAGGUCCAGCAUACAUCCUAAGCCUGUCAUAUCUCGCGGCUGGAGGAGGUUAGUAAAAGACAAUGGAUUACGCGAAAAUGAUGAAAUCAAGUUUUACAAGAAUCUUGAUCCUGGUUCACCUAUCUUCAUUCAUGUGACGCCUAGAGCUCAACAAGGGUAG